AGUUAUUGCUCUCUCUCACCAAUCUCUUCCCCUAUAUUCACGCCGUGCUCACUUCCAACUUCACACUUUCUUCUCUAUUUCCAAAAGCAACAUCAUCACACAAUCCACACACAACGCAACACAACAUCAUGCUUAGUUUUUUCUAUUAAACCAAACCAUUUGUUCUCUUUCUCUCUUCUUCUUUGGUCACAAGAAAAAAAAAAAAACAUGACUGAGUUAUCUUUCUCAAACAAGAAGAAUGAGUUAUCUAGUAACCUCUUCUCUAUCUUCUUCCACUUCUGUUUCUCCAUUUUUUCUCACCCUUUAUACUUCUCCUACUUCAUCUUCUUCUCCCCUUACCUCCUCAGGAUCCUGUCUUUCCUCUCCCCUUUGUUCAUCACCACAACUCUUCUCCUUGUGGCCCUUCUCACUUUCACUCCCAACAAUCUUGAUCAGGAAAAGGGUGGUUCUGAGCUUUCUGAGUCCAAAUGGGGCAUUCUGCUUUCUGUUUUGCAAUCUUUUCUAGCAUGGCUUCAUUCCAAAGCUGAUGAGAUAGAUGAGGAAAUGGGGCUCCUAGGUGAGGUUGAGGCAUAUCUUGUCAUGUUCCAGGCAUCAAUCUUUGAAGUGGUUGAUCCUAAGUCACUGCAAGAUUGCUCAGAAGGCUUUGAAGCAGUUGAUGUUGAGUGCUCAGUUGAAGGAAGAGAAGAUUCUCGUCCAAUGGAAGAGCCAAAGCCUAGUGUCAACUUGGACGAAAACCUUUCCUCACAACAACGUGGUGAACCAAUGUUGGAAUAUUCGUCAGAAGUGUCCGCAUUCAGUGUUGGACAGUAUCUCGAACAAGAUUGUCUAGAAAAGAGGAUAGUCGUGGAUGAAAUCCUUCACUCACAACCAAAGUUCGAAUCCCCGUCCGAAGAGGUGCCUAUAUUUAGUGCCCGGCAGAGCUUCGAAAAAGAUUGCCCCCACAGGAAGAUACUAGUGGAGAACCAAAUAAACUGGGAUGAAAACCCAGUUGAGAAGGUUGAUAAAGUGGAAGCCCCUAUCUCCAUUGUAGAAGUCAAGAGCCUAGAGAGCUUGUUCCAAGAGAAUCAAGAGUUAGAAGAUUUGUCCUGUCAAAAGGAACACAAGGAAGUGAAGCCACUGAUUGCUGAGUUCAAUAAAGUUGAAGAAAGCAAAGAGAAAUGGCCCUUGAGAAGUGGAUCCAAAGUGGUGAUGGGUAAUAGAGACAAUAAAGUGAGUACUAACAGUGAUGGGGAAUUUGCUUUUGCUGCAUCAGGGAGGGUCAAGUCCUUAUCACAAAGGCUAGAAGCAAAUAUUGGGAGUCCAGAAAGCAACUGGGUGUACAGUGGAAAAGGCAUGGGGAAUAAUAAUCAAGCACUUGGUAGUUUUGGUUCAAUGAGAGUGGAGAAAGAGUGGAGGAGGACAUUGGCUUGCAAGCUUUUUGAGGAGAGGCACAAUGCAGAUGGGAGUGAAGGAAUGGACAUGCUUUGGGAGACAUAUGAGACAGAGUCCAACAAAAUUCUGAAGAAGAGCAACACCAAGAGAGGGAAGAAGAAAGGUGAGGUUGAGAAUAGUGAGGAUGAUGAGGAAGAGGAAGAAGAGGACAUGGAGGGUAAGUUGUGCUGCUUGCAGGCCUUGAAAUUCUCCACAGGGAAGAUGAAUUUAGGAAUGGGGAGGCCUAACCUUCUCAAAUUCUCCAAGGCACUCAAAGGAAUUGGAUGGUUGCACAAUGUUGGAAAGAAUGGCAGAAAGAGUAACCAUUGAAAUUAGAUUUUGCUUUUUUCUUUUUCUUUUUGUGACUUUGAUGAGACAGAAAUUGUGCAUUUCUUUGAUGAGAAGUAAAUAUUUUGUAUGUCAAUAUAAUGCCUAUUUUUCUUUUUUGAUUUUAAAUAAUCAAGGAAGCUUCAUUAUGGAGUUAAUUACAA